GAGCCGUCAUGCGCCCUCUGGCGGAAGAUCCCGUGUUGUCCUAGUCGGAAGCAGCAAGUGGUUUAAACAGCCUAGAAGUAGGAAUACUGAAGAAAAUAAAGAGCAAGAUGAGAGUGAACAUCAGUUUUUCAUCGCUGGAGGGAGCUGAGAGCUUCAACAUGCUUGAAAACAAAUCCCGAGCUCGAUUCGCUUCUUGACAGCAGGAGAAAGAAAUUCAUACUGGUUUGGAACAACUUGAGGGCCAACCCUCACACUGGUUAAGUGACACAAAUGUAGCUUCCUUUUCUUAUCAUAGCAUCAGUUCUACUUGCUUUCAAAAGGCAGCGUUUCAGACUUAGGACUCGCACAUAAUCAGAUCAUAAUCAGCACUGAGUUCAUCAUGGCAGCAGAGGGGAAUCCUGUUUCUGGUGGCGUUACAUUGAUCCACACUGAAUGUGAAGGGAAACACUCAUAUGAAGUGAAGGGCUUUUUAAACCAAAACAAAGGAAUGUUUACAAGCAAGGGAGAUAAACUCCUAAUGAUUAACAACACAAAUGUGGAGGAUUUGACUCCAAAGGCAUUUGCUGGUCUUCUGGUUGAAGGAGCUCCCUUACUUACCAUACAUCAUCCAUCCAAAACAAAAACAGAAGAGUGUGAAUCCGAGGAGCUCCGUGUCAAUGAAAAGGAGAGGACGGUCAUAAGUUUCAGCUUGAUGAUGGUAAGAGAGUCUGAGCUGGAGGCAUGUGCAGACCAGGAACCUUCACAAAAAGAGUGGGAAGACUGGGACAUUGAGGAUGAUUGUUGCAAUGAUGACAAUUUGCUAAUUGUCUCCAUGGCUGAUACGAGCUACAGUAUGGUUGUUGCUCGAGGCUCUGACCCUGACAACCCUUGCAGCAACUGUGGAAAGACGAAUUGCCAGUUUAAUGAAGUUGUUGUCCUGCCUGCACAAGCUGAGAUUACCUCAAGUUCUUCAAAUAAUUUGCAGCUGCUUAAAAAGAGAACAAAUUUAUUUAUGAAGACUUUCAUGGAGGAAAAGUAUGUCUCCAGAAGUCUUCCCAAGCAUCGGAUAUGUUUGAAUAAUACCAUGUCAGAGCCAAUCACCAUCUACUAUUACACCAAAAAUGACUGUCCAGGUCUUCCUGUUGUGCUGAACUUCACUAACACAGAAAACUUCUUCAGCUGCACCACAAAGCAAGAUCAAUGUAGAAAGAGUGACUUGCAAAAAAUCUGUCCUGAUGACCCACAGAAAUGGUCCCUUGUAUUCUACAUGUCUACUGGAGCAGACAAUCUCAGGCGUUUUGAGUCAGCUCUCCACAGAGGAUGGUUUAUCUACACAAAAAAUGUAGAGAAAUAUGAAGUAGACAUGAAAAGGGAUGAUCAGCCUGACUAUAGACCAGUCAACACCUUUUUCAUCAUAAUUCAGAGUGAGCAAUGUUAAAUUCAUGGUCUUGAUAGAAACCUAGUAAUUGUCACAGUGACGAGAAGAGUUUGUAGACUAUGUGACACUUGUAUAUGACAUUUUAUAACUGGAAACUGUUCUCAAAUUAACUUCAGUAAACUGGUGAUUACAACCCAACCCUAACUUAAUGAGUUGACUUUACUAUCCGAUUCAAGCUGACGUUACCAACCCUAUUGAAGCCUAGUGCUUCUUUAAAAAUGUUAAUAAAUUCUUUGGCUUGGCAGCUAAAUUAAUUGGUCAGAUUAGUUUGUUAAGAGGAUUUGCAGGUCGAAAUUGUCACUUAUUUUAGAUGAGUUUAAGUGUUAAGGUUGUCUUAAACAAUGCAGCCUCUUUCAAAGCAUGGUAUGUUUUACUGCCACGGCAGUAGUGAGUAGAUAUGCAUCAUACUAUUAGCUGACAUGUUGUUGUUGUUUUUUUACCUUGUUAUAUGCAAUUGUGUUCAUUAAUGUCCGUUUGUGUAUAUAUAUAUAUAUAUAUAUAUAUAUAUAUAUAUAUAUAUAUAUAUAUAUAUAUAUUCAGCUACUUUUAAACUGAUAUUUUGAAACUAACAUAUAAUUCAUAUUUAUUUUUAUUGCUAACUGCUCAUAGUUACUUUUUAAGCUGAAACAUUGGUUUUAAAGUAUUGAAAAGAAAUCUUUGCAAAAUAUAUAAUGUGUGUAAUUCCUUAUAUUAUCAACUAUUAUUGCUUUUGUCUGUAUAAGCUAAAAGAUACUAACAACUUUGAACAGUUGCUUUUGCUACAUUAAAGUGUAAUUUAUCAUAUUAUCGUGUUUAUGUAUUAUGUAUCUUCUAUUAAAUCUCAAUAAAAUAAAGUUUUGAAUCAA